AUGAAGGUCCUAAAAGAAGGCAGUGACCUGGCUGCAGCAGAACUGCACAAAGAGAAACUUGCCGUUGGGAGACUUGAAGCGCAAAUUGCUCAGUUGUAUGAAGAACUCAGAAUGAAAACCGAGAGUCUGCAGAAAAAGCUGCUGGAGAUGGAGAUGCCUCCUCUAAAAGUGUCAGAGUCUGAACGAAGGGCUCAAGAAACAAAGCAGCUGAAGCAAGUCUCACAAGAAGCUCCGGAGUCUGGAUGCAGAGUCCGUGAUCAGAAAAAUAAAGGCGGUACAGACUUGGAUGGUCGGGGCCAGAGAAGCUCACACUACAGUCCAGCCUUUGGUGAGAGAAGGCAGAGGCCUGAAAGGACUACCUUGUUUGCAGCCAGUGUCCAUGGCGUUGCCUUGAGCAACAUGAAGAAGGUAGGAGGCUCCAAGGAAGUCUUUGGAACACCAGUUGUGAAGAACAGUUUCUAUAAAGUGAAGCUGAAAGUUCCUGAAGACUUACAGCAGAUGUGCAUAAAGGAAUCGGCUCAUAAAGACUUUUCAAAGGCAGUGGAAGCCUUUUCGGUGUCUUAUGACUCAGAGAAUACCCAGCUGGUCAUCUUGUCUGACAAUGAAGUUACCAUUAAGAGGGUGAACAUGUUGGGUAACAUCCAUUUUCAAAGUCUUCGGACAAAAUUGUCUGUGAUAUCGAGAAUCAAAAAAGAAGCCAGAAAGAAUCUGGAAAGCUUAUGUCUGUCAGUGUCUAGAUUCCAUGUGCAGUUUGAUGUACGAAAAGACUUGAUGCGCUCAGUAAUCGGCACUCGUGGCACAAAUAUACAACAAGCAAGGAGAAUCCCUGGGGUGACUGCUGUUAUUCUUGAUAAAGAUACAUGUACGUGUCAUGUGUAUGGGGAGAACCAAGAUGCUGUGAAAAAGGCAAGAAGUUACCUGGAGUUGGCUGAGGUGGUAAUGUGGGUUCCCCGAAACUUGGUGGGAAAAGUCAUUGGGAAGAAAGGAAGGCACAUUCAGAAGGUUGUCGACCAGUCAGCGGUUGUUAGAGUGAGAGUUGAGAGUAAUAAGAAGAGCUCCCAAGACGAGGGAAUGGUCCCCUUUGUAUUCCUGGGCACAAAGGACAGUGUUACUAAAGCAACCAUUCUACUGGACUGCCACCUCAAAAGGUUGAAGAAAGUGGACCAACUUCAGCUAACUCAACCAAAGGGAAGGACAGAGGGGUGA